CCGGGAGACAGCUGCAGCGGCGGCGUGGGCCCGCAGCAGGCCGCUCGGCUGGCAGGAGGAGGAGACGAGGCUUGCGGCGGAUGGAGGAAGCAACAGCAGGAGCAGAUGGGGAGCGUGCGCCGCCAUUAUGGAAGGCCCGGAGCUGCGCCACCGACGGUCCCGGUCCUGCGGGCGGGCGCGGCCCAGCGAGCCCCCAGCGGGUGCGGGCGAAGUCGCCAGUGUGGAGGGUGUUCCCCGAGGGGUGCCCGUGGCUCGACGAGGAGGGCGUGGAGGACCUCAGGUCCCCGGACCUGACCCCGAGGUACCACCACCAGGUUGACAACGCCAGGAUGACGUGCCGCAACGUCACCUGCUGCCCGAGCGUGGACGGCAGCAACCUCGUCGUGGGCGACAGCGCGAUGCAGGUCAACAGCCAUUGCGACUACCCGGGCCACUGCGUGCAGCUGCGCAAUACCUUCAUCCACGUCGAGUGCACCGCGGCCGAGGACGAGGACUGCGCCAUCUGCGGCAUCCGCCAGCGCGCCCGGUCUGCCGACACCCUCGAGUUCCGGGCCACCACUGCGCCAGGCCAGUCGCCGGCGCUCCGGCCGCGGCUUCACCCGGGCGCCGCAAGCUCAGCGGGCACUUGCGCCGUGGGCGAUCUCCCGCUGGCGGCCACCAAGAGGUCAGCCAGUCGCACCAGCGCCGGCGGCCCUCCGAGCGACAGCGCCGGCAGCGAGGGCAUCGACAGCGGCAGCGGCAGCACUCGUGGCCGCCAUUCGCUGGGGUGUCAGUGAGGCUCGGCGGCGCGCGGUCUGGUGGUGGGGGGUGGAGGACAGGAGUGGUCGGGCGUUCUUGGCCUCCUGUCUCACACACGCCGUGAGCCGCACCGGCGACGGCCUCUUUGAAGGCAUGCCCGUCGGUCUGCUUCUGGUGGUCCGCCCGCUCGUCCCCCUUGCUAGGCAGGGGCAGGGGGGCUCGUGUCGGAUUCGAGGUCAAUUCUCCAUCCCUCCCUCUCGGGCUUGCUGGCCACUUGUCCCAAUUGUUUGUGUGUGGUGCGCUCGUGGCACAGCUCGUGCGCACGGGCGCAUGGAGUCCUUUGGGGAAUGCCGCGGCGCUGUGGCAUACUUACAGUAAAGUUGUUUCUUUCUGAGCUUGGACAGGG